AUGAUUCUUAUAAUCUCCUCAGAGGUGUCAGCAAGGGACUUAACUAAGACUUCCUCCCGUACUCGAAAGGAAAUGGUUGAUGAAAAGACAUUUAAUGGCAUCUUUGGUCAUGGAGGCUACUAUGUUAAUGGUUACAAUGGUGGUUAUCCACAUUAUGGUGGUUAUAUUGGUGGUUAUCCCCGUAAUGAAGGUGGAUAUGAUGGUGGUUAUGUUCGUGGUUAUCCGUAUAAUGGUGGUCGUUUUGGUGGUGGUUACCCAGAUAUUGAUGGCGGUUACAAUGGUGGUGAAGUUGUAGAUGGGCAAACUAAAGACAACACACAUAAUUGA